AUGGACCCAAUCAACAACGGCACCGACAUUAUCGGAGACUGUGUGAGGCUGAUCAAUGAGGCCCUGCCGAGGAUGUGCCUGACCCAUAUCGGUUACCCAUACAUCGAGGUGUCCGUACAUCCCUGCGUCAUCCUCUCACACGAUGCUAUGCCCCAUAUCAACCUAUGCGCCCAAAGCUUGGCGGGAGUCGCGGUAUGCGUCAACAUGGGCCUACCAGGGAUUCAACGGACCCUCAAGGAACUGGCUGAGAGCGGAGCUCCCUGGACCGACUUCCAGGCAGUGAGAUAUCAGUUCGCGACGCCAGUAUGCAACUCGACCGUUGUUGACUCGACCAUCAUCAACUCGGGUGUUGCCAAUUCGACCACUGUCAACUCGGGUGUCGUUAGCUCGACCGUCGUCAGCUCAGGCGUUGUCGAACCGGCCGUUCCCGACUCGACCAAUCUUGACAACUAUAUGUUCGAUGAUGGAUGGUUAGAAGAAUUGCCGCAAAAGUAA